AUGGCUGACGACGGCUUUUCACUGAAUUUCGCGGUAGGGGACACCGUCGCAUCAAACAAGACCCCGAAGUUCAAAGGUGGCUCGUGGAAGGAAAGGUCACGACUGACCAAAGCCGCAAGAAAUGCACAAGACAAGCGACUAAGUGGUCAAGAGACUUCAGGACGAGUGAAAGCUUUCGAAAGAGCAUAUAGAGGAAAGGCACAUCCACAAGCUCAGUCUGACUCUCACCACGACAACACUCAACCCUCGGGACAACCACCAGCAAAACGACAGAAGCAUGAUCACGACAAUGAUGGGAAAAGCGAGCGCCCACGAAGACCGAGAGACAGACCAGCACAUCUGAGAGAUGCGAAUUUCCAUGGCAUACCAGGCCAACGAGAAGUCAUCUCUUCCCUGUUCAGCUUCAAUCCUGAAGCGAAAACCCAGGAGCUGGAACAAACACAACAGGCCGAGGAGCAAGAACCUGUCAAACCCACGAAUGCGCCACUUCCCGAUGGCAUCGAUACCUUUACGUCCCUCGGCCUCAGCGAUUCUACUGCAGCAUAUCUGCUCACGAAGAUGAACCACAAGAACCCUACUGCGAUUCAGAGAGCGUCUGUAUCGCAAUUGACGAAGGAGGAUGCAGACGUCUUCAUACAGUCCGAAACAGGUUCGGGGAAAACUUUGGCGUAUCUACUGCCGAUCGUGCAGAGACUGAUCACGAUAGCUGAGCGGCAAAAGGUUGAGAAAGAUGAGGUGAAGGAACAAGGACUAGGCAGAGAUUCUGGUUUGUUCGCAAUUGUGCUUGCACCAACACGAGAACUUUGCAAGCAGAUUUCAGUUGUGCUGGAGAAACUACUCGGAUGCGCACACUAUAUCGUGGCUGGCACGGUGACUGGCGGCGAGAGGAAAAAGAGCGAGAAGGCACGCUUGAGAAAGGGCUUGAAUAUUCUCGUGGCAACUCCUGGUCGGCUUGUAGACCAUUUGGAGAAUACAGAAGUUUUGGAUGUCAGCAGAGUUCGAUAUCUGGUUCUUGAUGAGGGCGAUCGGCUUAUGGAUUUGGGCUUUGAGGAGGAUAUCACAAAAAUCGUCAAGGCUCUGGAUGGCAAGAAGAGAAAGCAUGCUGAUGUACCCGGUCUACCUGAACGGCGCGUUACAAUUCUAUGCUCAGCCACUCUCAAAUCGACUGUACAGAAACUAGGGGAUAUCAGUUUGAAAGAUGCGGUACUAGUAAGAGGUGAGAAGGACGAUGAGAGCGAGGAAAGAGAUAGCAGCAACGAGAAUGCUUUCCUAGCCCCUGCCCAGCUGAAGCAGUCGUACAUCGUCUGUCCUGCGAAACUGCGCCUGGUCACGCUUGUCGCGUUACUGAAGCGGACUUUUGCAAGAAAAGGCAGUGUCAUGAAGGCAAUCGUGUUCUUCUCCUGCGCCGACUCUGUCGAUUUCCAUCACAAGAUGCUGGCACGACCUGCAGAGUCCACCUCCGAGGAAGCUGAGGCGAAGGGAAUACCCGAUGCAACACCAGACGCUGCUCUGCUGGAUGCAGUCGCGCCAUCACCACUCCUAUCAAGCCCAGUAAAUGCACUUGAUGUGUACAAGAUCCACGGUUCCCUACCUCAACAGACUCGAACAGCAAUCAUCAAAUCUUUCGGAAAGUCCACCUCAGCAUCCUUGCUCUUAGCGACCGAUGUCGCAUCGAGAGGUCUAGAUUUGCCAAACCUCGAUCUUGUUAUUGAGUGCGAUCCUGCUUUCUCAAAAGAAGAUCACCUUCACCGAAUUGGCAGAACCGCGCGUCUCGGUAGAGAUGGUCGAGCAAUCAUCUUCCUCCUUCCUGGUACUGAGGAAGGUUACAUCGAUGUACUCAAAGAGUCAUACAAGGUCAACGCCGAAACAAGCGCAACAAACGUCACAGCACAAUCAGCAAGCGACAUUUUGAAGAAAGGGUUUGGCCCAAGUACCGGUCUUGUAGGCUCUAAGGAACAGGGAACUGACCACGAGACUCUCGCAACAAACUUCCAGCUAGACAUUGAGCGCUAUGUCCUUGCAAACCCACAGAUCAAGGAGAUGGCAAAGAAUGCAUUUCAGAGCCACAUCAGGGCAUACGCAACUCACAUUGCGUCCGAACGGAAAUACUUUGAUAUCAAAGAGCUACACCUGGGACAUUUGGCCAAGAGCUUUGGGCUCCGCGAUCCACCUGGGAAAGUCAACGUCCAGGGCCUGCGAGGCAAGAGCUCAAGACCUAAAGCCAAUGAGGGUCGCAAACGGACUGCUACUACUGAUUCUCCAAUACGUGAGAAGAGACGGGCUCGCGAAGUGGACAGUGACGAUGAGAUUCAGGCUAUGAGCAAGCAGGCGAAGAGUGCGGCCAAUAUUGAUGAGGUUGGCGAUGCGGAGGCUGCCGCGCAGAAGAUGAGGUCUUUGGUUAGGAACAAGGGGAAGAUGAUGGGUGGUGGUGCUGAUGAGUUCAAUCUGGGUUAA